AAGAGUUUUGUAUACACAGUGGUGGUUCCCGCGAGGGAAACUCGGAUCAAACAAGGCGCUUCUUUCUUUCGUUUUUGUUGUUUUUUUUUUCUCUUUGCAUUUUGUGUUUUCCCUCAAUUGUCAAAAUCAAAUACUACUGACAUCGCCUUUCUCUUCUAUUUCUAACCAAAGAAAGAAAAGAAAUCUCCUUUCCCUUCCUCUGUUUGGGGUUGUAUAAUAGUAAGUGCUGGUUGUUGUUUGUUAGUUCAGUUGGGAGGGGAAAUAGGAAGGAACAAAUGGAGGCAGCGAUGGGACUAAUGAGAAGAAUGCCGCCUCGUCACUCGGAGACAGCGCUCUCCGCUCUUUUAAGCCUUUUGCCUCAGCACUCCUCCGAUCUCCUUUCUCAAGUCGAUCUCCCUCUUCAGGUUUUAUGUGAUGUGGACAAUGGGAAGGAGUUCAUUUUGUGUGAAUACAACAGAGAUGCUGAUUCAUAUAGAUCACCUUGGUCAAAUAAGUACCAUCCACCGUUGGAAGAUGCGCCUUAUCCAUCUUCAGAAUUGAGGAAACUUGAAAUUGAAGCUAAUGAUAUCUUUGCAAUCUAUCGUGACCAGUAUUAUGAAGGUGGCAUUUCAUCUGUCUAUAUGUGGGAAGAUGACAAUGAAGGUUUUGUAGCCUGCUUUUUGAUAAAGAAAGAUGGCUCAAAGACUGCGCAUGGACGAAGAGGUUGUUUGGAGGAGGGAGCUUGGGAUGCUAUACAUGUUAUAGAGGUUGGACCUGAAGAGGAAGGUACAACACGAUAUUGCUUGACCAGCACAGUUAUGCUGUCUUUGACUACAGAUGAUGAGUCAUCAGGCACUUUCAGUUUGUCGGGAUCACUAAGACGACAGAUGAAUAUGAACCUCGCGGUUGCUGAUGGUCAUCUUUGUAACAUGGGAAAGAUGAUAGAAGAAAUGGAGGGUAAGCUCCGGAACUCAUUGGAUCAGAACAUCUACGUAUUGCAGGUUUACUUUGGCAAAACAAGAGAGAUGGUUUGCACUUUACGACCGCCUGCUGAAGUGGCACAGCUGAGAUUGCCUGACAGCUGAUGUGGCUUUUACGCCAUGUGAGAUCGAAGAUUGUUUCGUAUUUGCAGUACUAGAGUGACUAGCAUGCUUUCUGUAUUAGAUAUUCAGGUCCAUACUAAUGACUCUUGUGGUUGACAUAUUUGCUGUCUGCUGUUACAACAGAAUAUGUUCCUGAUGAAUUUCGCUUAAUACCAUCCAUCAACUUUCUUUAGAAAAAAAAGAAGAAGAAGGGAAUGCAUAGCUUUUUAUUAUCU